AUGGGUUUGUGUAGAUUUUCCUUGUUUGCAUUUUUCUCUGUGGUCGUUGUUCAUUUAGGAGCUCAUGGGGAAGAAAAUGCCGAGCUGGUGAAUGAUAAAAGUUCUCUGAUAUCAUUCAUGAGAGGCAUUGUUUCUGACCCAAAGAAUGCUCUAGCGAGUUGGAAAUCUCCUGAUAUUCAUGUUUGUAAUUGGGCCGGCAUAAGAUGCAACAAUGCAAGUGACAGAGUCAUUGAGAUUGAUCUCAAUGGAAAAUCACUAGGAGGUACAAUUUCCCCUGCUAUUUCCAACCUCUCUUCCUUGAAAAUUCUUGAUCUUUCUGAGAAUUCCUUUGUGGGUCACAUUCCAAAAGAGUUAGGCUUCUUAACUCAACUAGGGCAACUCAGUUUAUCUUGGAAUUUUCUUGAAGGAGAAAUUCCAGCUGAGUUGGGUUCACUUCGUAACUUAUACUACCUUGACAUGGGAAGCAACCAGCUUGAGGGUGAGAUUCCACAAUCACUUUUCUGUAAUGGGUCUUCCUCAUUGAGGUAUAUAGACCUCUCCAACAAUUCCCUAGGGGGACAAAUCCCAUUGAAUAAUGAGUGUAUGCUUCUAGAGGUUAGGUUCCUCCUGCUCUGGUCUAAUAAGCUAGUAGGCCAAAUCCCUCUAGCUCUUUCUAACUCCACAGAGCUCAAAUGGCUUGAUAUGGAGUCAAAUAUGCUGAGUGGAGAGUUGCCACAUGAGAUUGUAAGUUGGCCUCAACUACAAUUCCUUUAUUUGUCAGACAAUGACUUUGUUAGCCAUGAUGGCAACACCAACCUUGAACCUUUCUUUGCUUCUUUGAGAAAUUUAUCUAACCUUCAAGAACUUGAAUUAGCAGAAAACAAUCUUGGCGGGAAGCUUCCUUCUAACAUUGGUGAUCUUCCUAAAAGCCUUGUACAGCUUCACCUUGAUAACAAUCUCAUUUGUGGUCCUAUUCAUCCUCAAAUAUCCAACCUUGUUAACCUGACUCUACUGAAUUUUUCCAGCAAUCUACUAAAUGGAUCUAUCCCCCCUAGCCUAUGCAAGAUGGAGAAGCUUGAGAGAAUCUAUUUGUCCAAUAAUUCACUAUCUGGUGAGAUUCCUUCAGCACUUGGUGGCAUUCAACAUCUUGGCCUUCUAGACUUGUCAAGAAACAAGUUUUCUGGUUCUAUACCAGACAGUUUUGCUAACCUUCCUCAGUUACGAAGGCUUUUGCUGUAUGAAAACCAGCUUUCUGGAACAAUUCCACCGAGUCUUGGAAAAUGCAUCAAUCUGGAGAUUUUGGACCUAUCUAAGAACAGAAUUUCUGGGGUGAUUCCUACAGAAGUUGCCGCCUUGACUAGCUUGAAACUAUACUUGAACUUAUCAAGCAACAACUUGAAUGGCCCUUUACCAUUAGAGCUCAGCAAAAUGGACAUGGUGCUAGCUAUUGAUUUAUCUAACAACAAUCUGUCAGGCAGAAUCCCACCUCAACUUGAAAGCUGCAUAGCUCUAGAAUACCUUAACCUUUCUGGUAACUCCUUAGAGGGCCCUCUCCCUUUUUCACUAGGCCAAUUGCCUUAUAUAAAGGCACUUGAUGUCUCUUCAAAUAGGUUAGCUGGGGCAAUACCAGAGUCCCUUCUGUUAUCAUCUACUCUGAAGAAACUCAAUUUCUCCUUCAACAAGUUCUCAGGUAAUAUAUCAAACAAGGGAGCAAUUUCAUCUCUGACCAUAGACUCUUUCCUAGGAAAUGAUGCUCUAUGUGGUUCCAUCAAAGGGAUGCAAAGCUGCCACAAGAAACACAGCUAUCAUUUUGUUUUCCUUAUAAUUCCUGUGUUUCUAUUUGCCACUCCCCUCUUGUGCAUGUUUGGCUACCGAUUGGCACACUGGGUGAAAUUUCGAAGGCAACUGGCAAUAUUUGGAAGAAAAAACUAUGAUAAUGACAAAGAGGAAAGAGAGGAGCUAAAGUAUCCAAGCAUUUCAUACAAACAACUCAUUGAGGCCACUGGAGGCUUCAGUGCUUCAAGCUUAAUUGGUUCAGGAAGAUUUGGGCAUGUCUACAAAGGAGUGCUUAGAGAUAACACCAGAAUAGCAGUGAAGGUGUUAGAUAGCACCACAGCAGGUGAAUUUUCAGGGAGUUUUAGAAGAGAGUUCCAAAUUUUGAAAAGGACUAGGCACAGAAACUUGAUAAGGAUCAUCACGAUCUGCAGCAAGCCAGAGUUUAAGGCUCUUGUUCUUCCUCUAAUGCCAAAUGGCAGCCUUGAGAGGCACCUAUAUCCAAGCCAUGGAUUGAGCCACAGGCUGAAUUUAUUUCAGGUAGUGAGGAUAUGUAGUGAUGUUGCUGAAGGAAUGGCCUAUUUGCACCAUUAUUCACCAGUAAGAGUGAUCCACUGUGAUCUCAAGCCAAGCAAUAUACUUCUCGAUUAUGAUAUGACAGCUUUGGUUACUGAUUUUGGAAUUUCAAGGCUUGUGAAAGGUGAUGAGAGUAUGGCCUCAUAUGAUAGCUCGGCAUCUUUCAGUUCAACACAUGGCUUGUUAUGUGGUUCUGUUGGCUAUAUAGCCCCUGAGUAUGGAAUGGGAAAAAAGGCGUCAACCCAAGGUGAUGUGUACAGUUUUGGAGUAUUACUGCUAGAAAUAGUGACAGGUAGGCCUCCCACAGAUGUUCUUGUCCACGAAGGCUCAAGUUUGCAUGAGUGGGUGAAGAGACAGUACCCAUACAAGCUAGACAACAUUGCUGAGAAGGCAUUACAAAGGUUGUCACAUUCUGAGCAACGUGACAGCAAAAUCUGGCAAGAUGUCGUACUGGAACUCAUAGAACUGGGACUUCUCUGCACACAGUAUAAUCCUCUGACAAGGCCAAGCAUGUUGGAUGCGGCUCAAGAAAUGGGCAGAUUGAAGGACUUCUUGUGUAGUCCAUCAUCCUCUUUGCUAAUUGAUGAUGCAGUCAACUCUAAGGUUGAUGAUUCCUUUUGUAGUGAAGAUAAUUUACUUGAGAAUUAAAUAAACGAGUUAAUUGUUAUGUUUCAUCUGUAAAUGAAAGAUGAGUGAAAUAGAGGAAGAUAGGUGUGGACUGUUUAGAUCUUCUUGUUGCAAUGGAGGAACCAAGUGAAGAGUGUAAACAUAAAGUGGUAGAGGGAACCCUUCAAGACA